GAAUGCCCGUUGCAUGCGCUUCUCUCAGCACCAAAUAAAUACAUCGCUGGCCGGCACCGCAGCUUGUAUUGAAGAAAGCCGCCCACCAUGUCAGAGCCGAUCCUGAACGACAUCUCCCACCGUCGCUUCAAUCUGCUGCGCGGAAGCUGGGUGCUGGUGUCUCCGCAUCGCAACAAGCGACCAUGGCAAGGACUCCAGGAAUCUCCGUCUAAAACGACGCUGCCCGAGUAUGAUGAAAAGUGCUACCUCUGCCCUGGGAACACGCGCGCUCAAGGCCAGCAAAACCCCAAAUUCGACAGGACAUUCGUCUUUGUCAAUGACUUCAGUGCAGUCAAGGAAGAGCAGACUGAGUACCACCCGGAGCGCAAAGAGGGAAGUGUAGCUACUCGUCUUCUUAAAGCCGAGUCUGUCACGGGAAAAUGCUAUGUCAUCACAUUUUCGCCAUCCCACCACCUUACUCUAGCGGACAUGACUCCAGCACAGAUUGUGCCAAUCAUUGAGACCUGGACGAAUCUGUACACAGCACAUCUGAACCCACAAUCGACACUUGCACAAGUUGCCAGUGCCAGUACAGUGCCGCCCCUCGGCCAGACUGACCUUGCAAAGCCAAAUGCGCAAUAUCGGUACAUGCAGAUCUUCGAGAACAAGGGAACGACCAUGGGCUGCUCCAAUCCUCAUCCACAUGGCCAAAUAUGGACUACAACAUCUCUACCAGAAGAGCCAAGCCUAGAAAUGGAGCAGUUACGGAAGUACAAGCUGGAACAAGGAGGGGCUCAUCUCCUAGUAGAUUACGCAGAACUGGAGUCUAAGGAGAAGGAGAGAACUGUGUUUGAGAACCGCUCAUUCUGGGCCGGAUGCCCAUACUGGGCAGUGUGGCCUUUCGAGGUCAUGAUCGUGAGCAAGCAGCACAAGAGGGCUUUGGUCGACUUUGACGAGAAGGAGCGAGAGGAGCUGGCAGAGGCAAUUGCGGAAAUCACGAAGAGAUACGACAACUUGUUCGAGACUCAAUUUCCAUACAGCAUGGGAUUGCACCAGGCUCCACUUGAUGGGUCAGAAGAUGAGAUUGAGGCUAGCCACUUUCACAUCCACUUCUUUCCCCCAUUGCUGCGUAGCGCAACGGUCCGAAAGUUCCAAGUUGGGUACGAGAUGCUCGCGGAACCGCAGCGAGACAUCACCCCAGAGCAGGCGGCGGAACGCCUCCGAAAUUGUGGUGGUGAGCUGUACCGGAAGAAGUUGUAGAGAUGGGCGGACGCAUCUUCCUAAGCCUUAGUUCAGUUCAGAUCUGAUCUCGGACUCUUCAGAUCCCCGUCAACCUUGGCCUUGGACAACCACCAAUAUUUUGGAUCUUCUCUGUACAUUAUAGACAGCAUUCGCCCUUGAUACCUCGGUAGAUAGAGGCAGGGGUUCGAUAUACCCAUGGAUUCAAAG